AUGCCAAACGCCGAACCACCUGCCUCUCAAUACCAGGAGCUCACACUAUCGGUAGAGCAAGAACAAAGGAUAGUAGACUGGGUAUCAAAGGAAUUAUCCUCAGGUACUGUAGUCCGGAACGACCUCAUCUCUUGGUUUGCCAACCGUUUUGCUCAACGGGCCGGCGUCAAAGGCGAACUGCGACCCGAUUUUGUCCAGAAUUUCCUGGCUCAGCAUCCAGACCUCGCAGAGAGAAUCCCGCCACAUCCCAAUCACAAGAACAACCAAAGAGUCAAAUCCGGUUUUGCUGGAAUUCAACGUUUGAGAGAAAUGAGGGAGAAAGAUCGCGUCCAGGCCCUGUAUGGCGAGUCUCCCCCGCCUCAGCGCCAGCCUGCUCCCUACCCUGAAGGCGACAUUCUCUAUCACUGCAAUAACCGCUACCUUGUGCGUCACGGAAAUCAGGUGACGAAAUAUACAACCUUUUCUGAUGGCCUGGGCGCAAAAGAUCAUCCCAAUGAGGCGCAAGCGCUGCGCUUCGUCAAAGAGCACACCACAAUUCCGGUACCUGAGGUCAUCGGCAGCGAUUGGGAUCGCAUCACUAUGGAAUACAUCGAGGGCCAGACACUACAGCAGGCAUGGCCGGUGCUCACACCGGAUCAGCAGUCCGACAUCUUGGACGAGCUCAAGGGCUACAUAGCACAGAUGCGUGCUCUACGCGGUACCUACCUCGGCCGUCUCGAUGGGCAGGGUGUUGUUGUCCCAAGCAUUUUUAUGCGCUCGGGAGGUCCGUUCAACACCCUUCCUGAAUUCCAUGAUUGGCUCGCGCGGCCGUCCAAGCGGUCGCAAGCACAGACGAUGUAUUGGCAUCAGAUCACGACGCAGCUUGGCGGCGAGUAUCCCAUUGUCUUUACGCACGGCGACAUCGCCGCGCGCAAUAUCCUGGUGCGCGACGGCCACAUCGUGGCACUUCUGGAUUGGGAAUUUGCGGGGUGGUACCCCGAGUAUUGGGAAUACGUGUUUGCAUUACGCGGGAUGGAUAAACUUGACUGGGAGACUCUAGGUAGUCAUGCUCCGUCUCUUUUCGCAAAUCGCUAUGAUCUAGAGUACAUUCUUGUGGGGUUCAUCCUCAACCUCUCCUGA